AUGAAGAGCACCCGCAGCAGCUCCUCCUUCCAGGGCGCCGGUUCUGCCAGCGUAGAUCUCAGCCUGACCGGCCUCCCGGUGCCGGUCUCGCGACGCCCCAGCAGCGCUUCUCCCGCCAAGCACAUGGCGCGCUCCAUCUCGGUCACCACUGAUGGCAAACCGAAGAGGAACACUCUGGAAGAUGCGGGAUCCCGGGCAAUGAACAACCUCCGGAGGUCCAACAGCACCACCCAGGUUAACCAGCGGGUGAACAGCACGCGCAGCUCAGAGCAGAUGGGAGACUUCCUGACCUUUGAGAGUGGUUGUGGGGGAAGAAAGAAACUGGCGAGUCUGAGCAAAACCUCCCCGGAAAAGAAAACCACAUGGAACAUCUUGGACGAUCAGCCGCGAGUGUUCCCGGGCCACUCCAUCUCCUGUGGCGUGGAGCCACCAGCAGGCAUGAGGAGGAAAGAAGCCACCGUGCUCCUGGCAGCCAACUUCACUGCCAACAACAGGAGCAACAAGGGCGCGAUGGGCAACUGUGUCACCACCAUGGUGCACAACAACUACUCCACCGCUGACAAGGGCCCUGCACCCAAAAGCUCCAACCAGGCACCCAGCUCCCUCAACAACGUUGUCAAAGCCACCUCAAACGAGGAUGGCGAAAGCAGCAGCUUCGUGAAGUCUCAGAAGAACUUCUCCAGCAACAACAUCAUGACCCGCAACAACAACAGCAGCCUGUCCCGGAGGAAGGAGGUGACGGAGGAGGAGGCGGAGAGGUUCAUCCAGCAAGUGAACUUGGCCGCUGUGACCAUCCAGCGCUGGUACCGACGCCACUCGCAACGGCACCGGGCAGGAGCUGCGGCUCUGGGGCGCUUGCUGGCUUCCAAAAGGGAGGAAAGGCAGCAGCGGAUGGAGGAAGGGAAUAUCCUGGAUUUGCAUGGGAGGAAGGAUGAGGAACGCCGGAAGAUCCGAGAGGAGAAGGCGCGCCUGGCCCGACGUGCUGCCAUCCAGGAACUGCACCAGAAAAGGGCCCAAAAGGCUUCAGAUGCAAAGCGCUUGGCAGAAGAAGAGCUUGCGCUGGUGAAGGAGAGCAGAAGGGUAGCAAAGAAGAAGCCUGCUAAGCCUGCUUCUGCAAGGAAUGUCAGUCCGGCCAGCAGCGUCACCAAAGCCAAUAACGCUGAGGCCAAUUUCCACUCGGUAGCUGCAGAGCCAGAAGAAAGCGGCCUCGCAGACCUUGUCUCCGUGCCCUCGCGGGACCCUGGGGCAGAGGACAAGCUGCAGGAUGUGAGCUCCAGAGAGACAGGCGGCGAGGAUCAGGAGACGGUGGUGACUGCUGUCAGCAGGGCUCAGUCCAAGGUCACGCUCAGUGAGCUGCUGGACACGCUCAGGCUGUUGGAGGAAGAGCCAGAGCUGCUGCCCCCACCGAAGGCCUUCAAGAAGGACAGAUACGCCUGGAUAGAUGGGGUAGGCAGAGGGCCGAGGCUGGAGCCCAGCUCCAAUUCCCUGACUGCUGAUAACUUGGAGAAGUUUGGGAAGCUGAACCACUCCCCAGGGAUCCCUGAGGACGGGGCGCUGCUCUCGGAGGCCAAGCUCCAAAGCAUCAUCAGUUUCCUGGAUGAGAUGGAGAAGUCGGAACAGGAGCGGCCCAGGUCGGCCGCCUCGGCCACGCAGCGGGAGGGUCUCCUCUCAGAAGAGGAGCUGGCUCACUUGGAGCAGGCGUCGGCUGUUGCCACAGAGGUCACGAGCUCCCUAAUGAGGCUGAAGCUGGAAGUAGAGGAGAAGAAGCGAGCCAUCAGCCUGCUGCAGACAGCCCUGGCUCAGCAGAGGGAACUGACUGUCCGGCACGUCGAACAGACUGAGAAGGAGCUCGGCCACCAGCUCAGGCUGCAGAGGGAACAGUAUGAGGCAGCUAUCCAGAGGCAUCUGGCCUUCAUCGACCAGCUCAUUGAUGACAAGAAGCUGCUGAGUGAGAAGUGUGAGGCUGUGGUAGCGGAGCUGAAACAAGUGGACCAGAAGUACGGCAAGAAGAUCACCCAGAUGCAGGAGCAGCACGAGCUGGAGAUUAAGAAACUGAAGGAACUGAUGAGCGCAACUGAGAAAAUCAGGCGGGAGAAGUGGAUUGAUGAGAAAACUAAAAAGAUCAAAGAAAUCACUGUGAAAGGGCUGGAGCCGGAGAUCCAGAAGCUCAUCGCCAAGCACAGGCAGGACAUCAGGAAGCUGAAGAUGCUGCACGAGGCCGAGCUGCUGCAGUCAGACGAGCGGGCUGCCCAGCGCUAUGGGCGGCAGGCGGAGGAGCUCAGGGGCAUCCUCCAGCCCCAGGUCGGCCGCAGAAGGGAUGGGAUGGGGCAGGGUGAAGAGGCGGACGAAUGCCCGGAGCCAGGUGCAUCCCUGAGGCUUGCUCUGCCCCGCAGGUGUGAGCAGCAGCUGGAGCAGGAGGAGCAGGCACUGCAGCAGCAGCGACGCCGGCUCUACGCGGAGGUGGCCGAGGAGAAGGAGCGGCUCA